ACAACUCUUACUCAAGCUGUCUUGAAGCCUCUGUAGUGGGUGAUGUUGGAUAUUGUCGGAGCUGAACCCUCCGAUCUGCUACGAUCGAUUUAAAGCGUUUGUGGAACGGAGAGCUGCAGUUUGGAGACUUCUCACCGGUCAUGGCCAACAAGUCACCUCCUGGCUGGUUUGGAGCUUUUCUCUCUCUAACGGCUGUAGCUGUUCUUGCGGGGAAUCCGGUCAGCGCUCAAAAUUCUCAGAGCCAUUUCCAUCGUCCAACCAGGACCUCAGAGCCCCUUGUGAUACCACGCCACUUUUCUCGAUAUUACCUGACCCCAGACCAGCUAAGACAGCUGCACUUCAAACCCACCAUAGGCUCCAUCCAGCUGUCAGAGGGCCAUGAAGCUAAAUUCAACUGCUCUAUUGACAUCCCUGAUACCAGGCUGGAGCCCACCAUCAUCUGGAUGAAAAACGGUCAGGACCUGGUGGAAAAAAAUCAUGUGGUGGUCAACGAGCUGCGCACCAUCACAGACGGGGUCACGACUCUCCUCUCCACUGUCAUCAUUAACCCUGUGCAGAGAGCGGAUGCUGGAGAGUAUCGCUGCAGACUGAGCAUUAGCAACAUGGUGGUGGAGUCUCGGCAAAUUGUAAUCGAGGUAGAAGGUCUACCAACAUUUCUCCAACAACCAGAGGAUAUGAACAUUACCAGAGACACUCCUUUCAUGCUGUCAUGUGAGGCAGUGGGACCUCCGGACCCUGUUCAGAUCCGCUGGCUGCGUGAUGGAUUACCUGACAGUGACUCUCAGAACUCUCCCAGCAACUUCUCUGUGGCAGGUGUGGUCAAAUACACUCAGUUCAGCUGUGAAGCUCACAACUCAAAGGGUGUCACCACAUCCAGAGAAGCAAAUGUCAACAUCAAAGUUCUUCCCAGUCCUGUGUCUGAUGUUACUGUGACUGCGAGGCAGUCCAAUAAGUUGAUGUUGAGCUGGAGCCCUGGACACGAUGGCUUCUCUCCACUCUCUAAAUGCCACAUCAGGGUUAAAGAGGUGAGUCGCCGGAAAGGGGAGGUGAUGACCACCAGAUUCAUCAACAUCACAGCUCCGCCUUUUCACUAUGAAGUCUCCGGGCUGCAGGCUAUGACGUGGUAUAAUCUGAGUGUUUCCUGCAGCAAUGAAGUGGGGGCCUCACCUUUCAGCAAGUGGAUCCAGAGCAACACCACAGAAGGAGUGCCAUCGGUUUAUCCCCGAAAUGUCACCGUACAGCUGAAUGAGUCGUGGCUGGUGAUCAAGUGGAAGCCUCCUCCAGAUGAUAAGAUAAAUGGCGUCCUACGUGGUUAUGAUGUCAUUAUCAGAUAUGGCGCACAAGAGAAAAAGGUCCACAAUAACACCACCAUGGUCUUUGUAGCUGUGCAGGAAUUCAACACAACCUACAGUGUGGAGGUGGCUGCAUGCACGCAGGCAGGGAGCGGCAUGGUCAGCCCACGAGUCUCGCUCUUUGUGCCAGAAGACAAAUCUGUCGUAUCCCCUUCGAUCAGCCCUGACGUCAGGGUUCCAUACUCUGCCUAUGUUGUGCUGUCGGUGGCGUGUGCCGUCUGUUUUCUGCUGCUGAUCCUCUGGGUGGCUCUCUGCGUACGCAACAGGACGUCUGACUCUUGGUUUGGGCGAGUGUUUGGAGGUGGAGAAAAGCUGCCGCCUGUUGUACAGUUCACACCGCAGAGAUCCUACAAUCGAUCAGCCAUAGGAAUCACACUCGGGAACCUCGGUGUUAGUGACGAACUCCAGGCUAAACUUCAGGAUGUGAUGGUUAUGAGGAACUUGCUCUCAGUAGGGAAAAUUCUUGGAGAGGGUGAAUUUGGCUCCGUGGUGGAGGGACGUUUAAGACGACCAGAUGGCACAUCAGAAAAAGUUGCUGUGAAGACAAUGAAAUUGGACAGCUUCUCUCAAAGGGAGAUUGAAGAGUUCCUGAAUGAGGCUGCCUGCAUGAAGGAUUUCAACCAUCCUAAUGUCAUCAAACUGCUUGGUGUAUGUUUGGAAGUAGGCUCUGGACACUUUCCCAAACCGAUGGUCAUCCUUCCAUUCAUGAAAUAUGGAGAUCUACACAGCUUCCUGCUGCGCUCACGCCUCGGAGAGAGUUCAUUGUUCUUGCCAACUCAGACACUCCUGAAGUUCAUGGUUGACAUUGCUUUGGGUAUGGAGUAUCUCAGUGGUCGUAACUUUCUGCAUCGUGACCUGGCGGCACGUAACUGCAUGCUGCGGGAUGACAUGACGGUGUGUGUGGCAGACUUCGGGUUAUCUAAGAAGAUCUACAGCGGAGACUAUUACAGGCAGGGCAGAAUCGCCAAAAUGCCUGUAAAAUGGAUUGCAGUAGAAAGUCUGGCAGACAGAGUUUUUACUGUAAAGAGCGAUGUGUGGGCGUUUGGUGUUACUAUGUGGGAAAUUGCUACUCGAGGCAUGACGCCGUAUCCAGGAGUGCAGAACCACGAGAUUUAUGACCACCUGGUUGAAGGACACAGACUGAAGCAGCCAACAGACUGUUUGGAUGAACUGUAUGAGAUCAUGUACAGCUGCUGGAGGGCAGAUCCACUGGACCGACCCUUCUUUCCCCAACUGCGAGAAAUGUUGGAAAAGGUCACCGAAAAGCUUCCAGAGUCCACCAGCAAGGACGAUAUCAUAUAUAUUAACACCAGCUUUCCUGAGGAGGACCCUGAUGGUGACACUCUCCCUGCAGAGCAUCUCGUGUUGAGCUCGUCUCCUUCCUGCAGCCGUCAGGCAGCAGAAAACACCGUAGUUACUGCGGACAUUCACGGGAGCCUGGAGGAAGAGGAGGAUGAGGACAAUGAUCGAUAUGUGGUGGUGAUCUCCUCUGAAUCCUCCCUGAGGUCUCCCACUGUGGACACUCCUCUCUUAUCUGCUGACGCUUUAAGUCAAGCAAACGGAGACACAGUUACAGAUGUGACGGCAACAGAUCACGGCUCGAGUGACACUUCUUUCCUGCUAUAACGAUUGGUACCCAGCAGAUAAAAACUGUGAUAAAGCUCUCUCCAUGAUUCGUCAGUACUAAUCGUUUUGCCUCGUCGCACUAUUGCGGACUUUCUGUAGUGUUUUUAUAGAGAAGGUUUACGCUUUACACCGUCAGCCUACAUGUCAGUGUUAAGAAUAUUGUUCCAUAAGCUUAAGGUACACUGAACUGUGAAAUUGUUUACUGUAUUAAAGACUGCAUUACGAUGUAAAUAUAGAAAAUGUACAGGACAUUUAUAAAAUUAUCUUAUACUGUCAAAAUAAAUGUUUUAUUGACUGCUUUGAAA